AUCAAUCACUGCCAGUGCCAACCGCCAGCGAUAUCAUAGCUUGCCCAAAAAAGGCAAACUCGAAAUAGGCCUAAAACAAAGUCCGCGUCUCUCUCUCCGCGUCUCUCUCUCUAAACUCUAUUUUCCUGUUCAAAUUUCAAAACCGCAGAUCUCCGAGACAUCUCACAGAGGAAGGGAGAGAGAGAGAGAGAUCCGAUCCAACCAUGGCGGUGGCAGCAUCGGCACGCGAGGAGAACGUGUACAUGGCGAAGCUGGCCGAGCAGGCCGAGCGGUACGAAGAGAUGGUGGAGUUCAUGGAGAAGGUCUCGGCGGCGGCGGAGUCGGAGGAGCUCACCGUGGAGGAGCGCAACCUCCUCUCCGUUGCCUACAAGAACGUCAUCGGCGCUCGUAGGGCUUCCUGGCGAAUCAUCUCCUCGAUCGAGCAGAAAGAGGAGAGCCGCGGCAACGAGGACCACGUCUCCACUAUCAGGGAUUACAGAUCUAAGAUCGAGUCGGAGCUCUCGUCGAUCUGCGACGGCAUUCUCAAGCUCCUCGACUCCAGGCUCAUCCCUGCGGCUUCCUCUGGAGACUCCAAAGUGUUUUACCUGAAAAUGAAGGGCGAUUACCACCGCUACCUCGCUGAGUUCAAGACCGGUGCCGAGCGCAAGGAAGCCGCCGAAAGCACCCUCACUGCCUACAAAGCGGCUCAGGAUAUUGCCAAUUCAGAACUUGCUCCAACACACCCAAUCCGGCUUGGACUUGCUCUCAACUUUUCUGUAUUUUACUAUGAGAUUUUGAACUCUCCUGACCGUGCUUGCAAUCUUGCCAAACAGGCUUUUGAUGAAGCAAUUGCUGAGUUGGAUACAUUGGGAGAGGAAUCUUACAAGGAUAGCACAUUGAUUAUGCAACUUCUUCGGGACAAUCUCACUCUAUGGACCUCAGACAUGCAGGAUGACGGGGCUGAUGAGAUUAAGGAAGCUCCCAAGCACGAUGAUGAAAAGCAGUGAGGGACAUGCACCCUUGAAUUAGGGUCUCACUUCUCCCUGGUUGUUUUUGUUAGGAGAAGGUGCUUGUUUCUAAUUUCCUGGCAUUCUGAGUUUUUAGGCGUUCUUGCUUUCAAUACCAAAACUUGAAAAUGAUGAAUAUUGAUGUUCUUGUGCUUGUAGUUUUAAUUGUAUGUGGAAUGGUUUAUUCUCUUAAAGAGAUUGAAGCUUUGUCUUUGCAUUGGGUAAAUAUGAAAUUCUUUUUUUUUAA